AUGAUCGGGAAGCCUCUACUACGAGCCACGAACUCCAGAGCUUCGGACAUGCAUUCGGUGACGUCGAUGAGUACAGUGCGCACAGUAGAUCGCGAGCGUCUACGAGAUAAAGCUCGGCAGAUGCAGAUGAAAGAGAGUUUGCGUCUCGCAAUGUGUGCACGACUGCAACAGAAGCUGCGAAAGACCCCGAAAGUGGCUGAAGAAAUGGCGUCAGCGGUCCUGCGAAUCCUCAAGCAGCGAGGAGUCCCGGCUGCAGAUGUAUCGGAUGAAGCGCUGGCGAAGAUUGUCAACGAACUAACAACACGCAGACAGGAACAAAUGUCGCUAGCAGCAAAAACAGCUAGAAAAACGUCGCCACACAACCAAGAGCAAUCCAAACCAACCAACGGCCGUAUUUCGCGAGAACGAUACUCCGGAAGACGAUCAUCUAACAGCAAAGAGCGUUCGAACAACAACUCGGUACGGGAUGCCAAAGGUGGACGAAGCCCCUCAACUGUUAGCGGCAUUACCAGUCGAACUAUUGAAGAUGAUGACAGAUACCUUACUGAGGCACAACUACAGCAGAAGAGUGUAGGGUUCUCGUUACCACCUCGCGUAUCUCCGAAGAAAGACCGCGACAACGGCAUCUGGGAGGAGAUUGUCAAGUACAGCUCCGUUGAAGAGCAAAUCGAGGCUCAACGCAUUAAAGAACGGAAGCUCCGUGAGCGUCUAGAGUAUACAUCUAAGUUGGAGGCGCAAGUUUCACGUAAGCGCAACGUCACUCAAUAG